AUGGCUAAAAAUGGCAUGUUGCUGCUCAAUGGCCUUCCGACUGGAUCUCAGUUCACGAUAGAUAGCCACACCGAAGCAUACCUGACCAACGAGCAGUUCGCAGGCAUCAAGGGUCUCCCUGCUGGCUGGCACUGCAUCUCUUGGAGCAUCGCAUCCACCCAAAGCUCAUUCCAGGCUGGUGCGGUUGGUGUUGAAGGCUCUGUUCGCAACGUGCUGCUCAGAUGGUUCGAUGAAGGCGAAGCCUCAGUACGAGAGCUCGACCGUGCGCAACAACGUCUCGUAGCGCCUGAUCAGCUCGGCUCUGGUAGCAGCAUUGGGCGAUCCAAACAAUUUCGCACCUCUCGGACUUUCGACCCGUCAAGCAAGGCCAUAUCUACCAUCAUCACUCUAGAAGUAAUGAACAGCGUCGAACCUCGAUUGCUGCCUUACCCAUCAGCAGCACGCAAGCCAUGGCAAGAUGCACUACGGCAUCUAAGUGUGGACAACGGGCGCGUCGGGAGGAAAGUUGUGGUACGGGUGCUCGGUGUGGACGUUCACAGCGGUGAUUCUAAUACGGAUAGCCUAGCUACUGGACCGAGUCGCGCGAGAGACGGUCUCGAGCAAACAUCGAUACAGCACACCGGCAAUCUGGGGAGAAGCGAAAACGGGAAGAUCAUUUGGGGCAAAUCGAGGCCAGAGAGCGAGCGAGAGGCAUUAGAGCUCUUUGGGGUUGUUGCUGCCGAUGAUGACGAGGAAAAAUAUGACUUUGCGGCGAAGGAAGAGACAGAAUCGAAGAAGAGAAAGCGUUCGUCACCAACAUCAAAUGGCAAGACAAGUGGCAUUUUGGACGACGAGGACAGUCUGUUGUUCACGACCUUUGACUUGCAGCGAAGCUGGCCACCGAACUCAAUCGGAGCGGACAUCACUCGAUGGAGCGAAGAUAAAAGCUGGCUGUUGCAAGACGUGGCUUGUCGAAGUCGUUCCAGCAUCAGCGAAGACGACUGUUAUCUUCCGGUUCUGUGCGAGUUCGAGCUUGCGUUCGUACUUUUCGUCAGUGCUAGCAACAGUUACGUUUGGGAACAGUGGAAAGAUCUCGUGGCUCUGUUCUGCCGGUCCUCUACCCUCAUCGGUGCCUCUUCAGCCUUCCAAGUCCACCCAUCCCAGACUGGAUCACCCUCUGUCGUACCCACUCAAAUUCGACUUGAUUCACACAUAGCCUUCCUUUUCACCCUCCGAUCUCAACUCGCCCUCCUACAGCCCGAUUUCUGGUCAACCCAGACUUCUUUCGCCGAAGAACGAGCAGUACUCAAAGAACUCGAUACCUUCCGAUCUAAUCUAGCACGCUCCCUCUCGGCAGCCAGCAUCCAACACACCGACCCUGGGGCUCAGCUCGAGGAAAAAAGAGAACAAAUGGUCACUGCUUGGAGGACGUUAUCUCAUCUCACGGCUAGCAGGUUCGGUUGGCAACUCGAUCGAAGAUUAGACGAGGAAGCAGAAGUAGAAGACGAUAUGCAGGCGGAAGAAGGCGAAGAUGCACCCAUUAUUGUUGAGAUCUAA